AUGUAUACGGCGCUGAUCUCUACAGUACCGCAUUCAUACAGUAGAGCUAUCAACAUCAACAUCAACAUGGGACCCAAGAAAAUGAAGAACACAGCAACCAAGAAGUCUGCCAGGGGCCGAGUGCAAGAUGAGGAGAAGAGUAGGACAAAGAAGACUGCUUUCUCAUUGUCAGUGCAAGAUGAGGAGAAGAGUAGGGCUAAGAAGACUGCUUUCUCCCUGUCAGUGCAAGAUGAGAAGAAGAGUAGGGCUAAGAAGACUGCUUUCUCCCUGUCAGUGCAAGAUGAGGAGAAGAGUAGGACAAAGAAGACUGCUUUCUCAUUGUCAGUGCAAGAUGAGGAGAAGAGUAGGGCUAAGAAGACUGCUUUCUCCCUGUCAGUGCAAGAUGAGAAGAAGAUGCAAGAUGAGAAGAAGAGUAGGGCUAAGAAGACUGCUUUCUCCCUGUCAGUGCAAGAUGAGGAGAAGAGUAGGGCUAAGAAGACUGCUUUCUCCCUGUCAGUGCAAGAUGAGGAGAAGAGCAGGGCUAAGAAGACUGCUUUCUCCCUGUCAGUGCAAGAUGAGAAGAAGAUGCAAGAUGAGAAGAAGAGUAGGGCUAAGAAGACUGCUUUCUCAUUGUCAGUGCAAGAUGAGGAGAAGAGUAGGGCUAAGAAGACUGCUUUCUCAUUGUCAGUGCAAGAUGAGGAGAAGAGUAGGGCUAAGAAGACUGCUUUCUCCCUGUCAGUGCAAGAUGAGGAGAAGAGUAGGACAAAGAAGACUGCUUUCUCAUUGUCAGUGCAAGAUGAGGAGAAGAGUAGGGCUAAGAAGACUGCUUUCUCCCUGUCAGUGCAAGAUGAGAAGAAGAGUAGGGCUAAGAAGACUGCUUUCUCCCUGUCAGUGCAAGAUGAGGAGAAGAGUAGGACAAAGAAGACUGCUUUCUCAUUGUCAGUGCAAGAUGAGGAGAAGAGUAGGGCUAAGAAGACUGCUUUCUCCCUGUCAGUGCAAGAUGAGAAGAAGAUGCAAGAUGAGAAGAAGAGUAGGGCUAAGAAGACUGCUUUCUCCCUGUCAGUGCAAGAUGAGGAGAAGAGUAGGGCUAAGAAGACUGCUUUCUCCCUGUCAGUGCAAGAUGAGGAGAAGAGCAGGGCUAAGAAGACUGCUUUCUCCCUGUCAGUGCAAGAUGAGAAGAAGAUGCAAGAUGAGGAGAAGAGUAGGGCUAAGAAGACUGCUUUCUCAUUGUCAGUGCAAGAUGAGGAGAAGAGUAGGGCUAAGAAGACUGCUUUCUCCCUGUCAGUGCAAGAUGAGGAGAAGAGUAGGACAAAGAAGACUGCUUUCUCAUUGUCAGUGCAAGAUGAGGAGAAGAGUAGGACAAAGAAGACUGCUUUCUCCCUGUCAGUGCAAGAUGAGGAGAAGAGUAGGGCUAAGAAGACUGCUUUCUCCCUGUCAGUGCAAGAUGAGAAGAAGAUGCAAGAUGAGAAGAAGAGUAGGGCUAAGAAGACUGCUUUCUCAUUGUCAGUGCAAGAUGAGGAGAAGAGUAGGACAAAGAAGACUGCUUUCUCAUUGUCAGUGCAAGAUGAGGAGAAGAGUAGGGCCAAGAAGACUGCUUUCUCCCUGUCAGUGCAAGAUGAGGAGAAGAGUAGGACAAAGAAGACUGCUUUCUCAUUGUCAGUGCAAGAUGAGGAGAAGAGUAGGGCUAAGAAGACUGCUUUCUCCCUGUCAGUGCAAGAUGAGGAGAAGAAUAGGGCCAAGAAGACUGCUUUCUCCCUGUCAGUGCAAGAUGAGGAGAAGAGCAGGGCUAAGAAGACUGCUUUCUCCCUGUCAGUGCAAGAUGAGGAGAAGAGCAGGGCUAAGAAGACUGCUUUCUCCCUGUCAGUGCAAGAUGAGGACAAGAGUAGGACAAAGAAGACUGCUUUCUCAUUGUCAGUGCAAGAUGAGGAGAAGAGUAGGGCUAAGAAGACUGCUUUCUCCCUGUCAGUGCAAGAUGAGAAGAAGAUGCAAGAUGAGGAGAAGAGUAGGGCUAAGAAGACUGCUUUCUCAUUGUCAGUGCAAGAUGAGGAGAAGAGUAGGGCUAAGAAGACUGCUUUCUCCCUGUCAGUGCAAGAUGAGAAGAAGAGUAGGACAAAGAAGACUGCUUUCUCAUUGUCAGUGCAAGAUGAGGAGAAGAGUAGGACAAAGAAGACUGCUUUCUCCCUGUCAGUGCAAGAUGAGGAGAAGAGUAGGGCUAAGAAGACUGCUUUCUCCCUGUCAGUGCAAGAUGAGAAGAAGAUGCAAGAUGAGAAGAAGAGUAGGGCUAAGAAGACUGCUUUCUCAUUGUCAGUGCAAGAUGAGGAGAAGAGUAGGACAAAGAAGACUGCUUUCUCAUUGUCAGUGCAAGAUGAGGAGAAGAGUAGGGCCAAGAAGACUGCUUUCUCCCUGUCAGUGCAAGAUGAGGAGAAGAUGCAAGAUGAGGAGAAGAGUAGGGCUAAGAAGACUGCUUUCUCCCUGUCAGUGCAAGAUGAGGAGAAGAAUAGGGCCAAGAAGACUGCUUUCUCCCUGUCAGUGCAAGAUGAGGAGAAGAGCAGGGCUAAGAAGACUGCUUUCUCCCUGUCAGUGCAAGAUGAGGAGAAGAGCAGGGCUAAGAAGACUGCUUUCUCCCUGUCAGUGCAAGAUGAGGAGAAGAGUAGGACAAAGAAGACUGCUUUCUCAUUGUCAGUGCAAGAUGAGGAGAAGAGUAGGGCUAAGAAGACUGCUUUCUCCCUGUCAGUGCAAGAUGAGAAGAAGAGUAGGGCUAAGAAGACUGCCUUCUCCCUGUCAGUGCAAGAUGAGGAGAAGAGUAGGACAAAGAAGACUGCUUUCUCCCUGUCAGUGCAAGAUGAGAAGAAGAGUAGGGCUAAGAAGACUGCUUUCUCAUUGUCAGUGCAAGAUGAGGAGAAGAUGCAAGAUGAGAAGAAGAGUAGGACAAAGAAGACUGCUUUCUCAUUGUCAGUGCAAGAUGAGGAGAAGAGUAGGGCCAAGAAGACUGCUUUCUCCCUGUCAGUGCAAGAUGAGGAGAAGAGCAGGGCUAAGAAGACUGCUUUCUCCCUGUCAGUGCAAGAUGAGGAGAAGAGUAGGACAAAGAAGACUGCUUUCUCCCUGUCAGUGCAAGAUGAGGAGAAGAGUAGGGCCAAGAAGACUGCUUUCUCAUUGUCAGUGCAAGAUGAGAAGAAGAUGCAAGAUGAGAAGAAGAGUAGGACAAAGAAGACUGCUUUCUCAUUGUCAGUGCAAGAUGAGGAGAAGAGUAGGGCUAAGAAGACUGCUUUCUCCCUGUCAGUGCAAGAUGAGAAGAAGAGUAGGGCUAAGAAGACUGCUUUCUCCCUGUCAGUGCAAGAUGAGAAGAAAAGUAGGGCUAAGAAGACUGCUUUCUCGUUGUCAGUGCAAGAUGAGAAGAAGAGUAGGGCUAAGAAGACUGCUUUCUCCCUGUCAGUGCAAGAUGAGGAGAAGAGUAGGGCUAAGAAGACUGCUUUCUCCCUGUCAGUGCAAGAUGAGGAGAAGAGUAGGGCUAAGAAGACUGCUUUCUCCCUGUCAGUGCAAGAUGAGAAGAAGAGUAGGACAAAGAAGACUGCUUUCUCAUUGUCAGUGCAAGAUGAGGAGAAGAGUAGGACAAAGAAGACUGCUUUCUCCCUGUCAGUGCAAGAUGAGGAGAAGAGUAGGGCUAAGAAGACUGCUUUCUCCCUGUCAGUGCAAGAUGAGAAGAAGAGUAGGGCUAAGAAGACUGCUUUCUCCCUGUCAGUGCAAGAUGAGAAGAAAAGUAGGGCUAAGAAGACUGCUUUCUCGUUGUCAGUGCAAGAUGAGAAGAAGAGUAGGGCUAAGAAGACUGCUUUCUCCCUGUCAGUGCAAGAUGAGGAGAAGAGUAGGGCUAAGAAGACUGCUUUCUCCCUGUCAGUGCAAGAUGAGGAGAAGAGUAGGGCUAAGAAGACUGCUUUCUCCCUGUCAGUGCAAGAUGAGAAGAAGAGUAGGACAAAGAAGACUGCUUUCUCAUUGUCAGUGCAAGAUGAGGAGAAGAGUAGGACAAAGAAGACUGCUUUCUCCCUGUCAGUGCAAGAUGAGGAGAAGAGUAGGGCUAAGAAGACUGCUUUCUCCCUGUCAGUGCAAGAUGAGAAGAAGAGUAGGGCUAAGAAGACUGCUUUCUCCCUGUCAGUGCAAGAUGAGAAGAAAAGUAGGGCUAAGAAGACUGCUUUCUCGUUGUCAGUGCAAGAUGAGAAGAAGAUGCAAGAUGAGAAGAAGAGUAGGGCUAAGAAGACUGCUUUCUCAUUGUCAGUGCAAGAUGAGGAGAAGAGUAGGGCUAAGAAGACUGCUUUCUCAUUGUCAGUGCAAGAUGAGGAGAAGAGUAGGGCUAAGAAGACUGCUUUCUCCCUGUCAGUGCAAGAUGAGGAGAAGAGUAGGGCCAAGAAGGGCUAA